CAAAAUGGAGAGGUAGACAAGCACGAGCGAGCGUAAAACACUGACGCAGUGAUGUUUAGUGUAUGAUAAAUGUUGAUUUGUUUUGAAAUAUAGAAAAUAAAAUAAAGAAAAGACAUGAAGUCAGACGCGGAGGAGUUGAUGCCCAGACUUUUGCCGGUGGAAACAUGCGACACAAAGGAAUGUAAUCCAACCGAACCCCCAAGAAAUCCUCAAGAAUAUCUCAGACAGGUCCAGAGAGAGGCGUCUCUUUGCCCAGAUGUUGUUGUUGCACAAAUUGACCCGAAGAAACUGAAGAAAAAACAAUCUGUGAAUGUUUCUCUCACAGGUUGUUUGGCUGCACCUCAGGGUUUCUCACCCAGUUUGACAUGGCAGCAGCAACAAGUCAGCAAAUUUUCAGAAGUCAGACAGAGUGUUAAUAAGCACCGUCAACAUUGGAAAUCUACAUUUUUGGAUGAUAACGUUGUGAUGCCAAAGCAUGAGGAUGAAGAUGGUUGGAAGAGGUUCUGCCUGGGUGAAAAUGUUUGUCUUGAUGUCCAGCUGAAAGAAGAAGAGACUGUUAACCCAGGUCUUGAUUAUGUCAAGACUGGAUUCCCACCUUUUCUGAGCAUUGUCAGCAAAUUAAACCAGUCAACAAUCUCAGCUGUGCUUGAGUAUUUAAUCAAUUGGUUUGAGGAGAGCGACUUUGUGCCACAGUUGGGCAGAUGGCUGUAUGCAUUACUAGCGUGCCUUGAGAAACCGCUGCUUCCUGAAGCACAUUCACUAAUCAGACAACUGGCAAGACGAUGCUCUGCAGUGCGUGCCAACCUGGAAAGCAAAGAUGAUGAUCGGUUGUCUGCUCUUAACUUGAUGAUUUGUAUUGUUGCCAGAUAUUUUGAGCAGAAUGAUUUGGCUGACAAAGACUGAAUGGCCAUGAAACCAAUGGAGGGAUGGAAAAUUCCUGUGAAUGCGAGGAAUCAUGAAAAAUUAUUAUCUGGAGAGAUUUAUACAGUGCCUUCCGCAGUUUUCUGAGUGUCAUGUACAGUACACCCAUUGCAACUGCAAUUAGUGUCAUUUGGAGCACUGGUAUUGUCAAAUAAAAAACUGUGGCAUUUUU